GUAUCCAGCCUAAACCUCCAAUGACACAGCUCCAUACCAUUCCCUCGGGUGCUGUCAGAGGUCACCAGGGCCCAGUAAGGAGGGGUUUUAUGCGUUCAAUGACAAGACGCUUGGGCUGGAAUCCCGGCCGCGGGACUGGAUGAUGCCGAUGCUGAUGCCGAGCCAGCGGCAGCCACGCCCUCCCCGCUCUCUCCUUUUCUCCUCUGGCGGGUGGGGCUGCUGCUGUCAGAUCCGGGGCGGCUGUGGGAGCUAUGGCAGCCUCCCGAGGGAACCAGGGCGUCUCCUACGAGCGGCUGAGCCCCACGGGCACGGAGAAAUACAACACUGAAGAGAAUGUUUUUUUCUUCAGUAAAUUAACAUAUUCCUGGUUUAGCAGAGUGAUAUCUACAGGCUACAAGAAGCCAUUGGAAAGGGAGGACCUGUUUGAACUCAAUGAAAGUGAUUCCCCAUACAGUGUGUGUCCUAAGUUUGAAAAGCAAUGGAGAAAAGAAAUCCAGAAGUCUACCACAGGAUUAAUGGCUUCUUACAUCCAAAGAAUGCUAUUGAAGAAAACAGGUUUCCAUAAACCGUCUUUGAUUUUGCCAUUAUGGCAAACAUUUAAAUAUUUAUUCAUUCAAGCUGCAUUUCUGAAAGUUGCAGCUGACGUUCUGGCUUUUAUGAGUCCACAAAUAAUGAAAGCAAUGAUAAUGGCCAGUGAAAGUCAGCCUAGCUCGUGUUGGAGGGGUUGUGGCUAUGCUGUUGCCCUGUUUUUUGUAGUUCUCUCUCAAACUCUUCUCCGUCAGUUAUACCAACGUAACAACAUACUUACUGCAGUCAGGAUCAAGACUGCAGUUGUUGGCCUGAUAUACAAAAAGGCCUUAACUUUAGCAAAUUCCUCACGACAAAACUAUACAACUGGGCAAAUUGUUAACCUGAUGUCAGCAGAUGCUCAGCAGCUCCUGGAGAUGGCUGUCACCAUGAACCAGUUGUGGUCAGUACCUUUUCAGAUCAUCGUGGCUGUCGUCUUCCUCUGGAAGGAACUUGGCCCCUCAGUCCUGGCAGGUGUUGCACUGCUGUUUUUGGUUAUACCUGUAAAUGUGCACAUUGCAGCCAAAGUUAGAAGGCUGAAGAAAAGCCAAAUGAAGUAUUCAGAUCAACAAGUCAAGCUACUAACUGAAAUAUUACAUGGAAUAAAGAUCCUGAAACUUUAUGCAUGGGAACCUGCCUAUCAAAGGAAGAUCUUGAGCAUUAGGGAACGUGAAAUGGAUGUUCUGAAGUCAUCUGGAUAUCUGACAGCUUACUCCAUGCUGACCUUGACAUGUAUUCCUUUUAUGGUCUUACUGGCUACAUUUGGAGCCUACUUUCAUCUGGACAAAGAGAACGUUUUAACAGCAGCUAAAGUGUUUACAUCUAUUUCUUUAUUCAACAUUUUGCGACAGCCUUUGUUUGAAUUACCCUCUGUGAUCUCUGCUGUGGCCCAGACCAGAGUUUCCCUGAGCCGUUUAGAGGAUUUUCUGUUUGCUGAGGAUCUUAACCCUGAGGAUGUCAGUACAAACUACAGUGGAAAUCAUGCUGUUGGUUUUACUGAUGCUUCUUUCUGCUGGGAGAAAAAUGGCCUGCCAAUCUUGAAAAACUUGAGUGUCAAGAUUCCUGAAGGCUCUUUAGUUGCUGUUGUGGGACAGGUUGGAUCAGGGAAGUCAUCUUUUCUUUCUGCUGUUCUUGGAGAAAUGGAGAAACUUGAAGGAACAGUUCAGAGAAGAGGUUCAGUGGCUUAUGUUUCUCAGCAAGCUUGGAUUCAAAAUGACACUUUACAGGAAAAUAUUCUCUUUGGUGCAGAUCUAAACAGGCCAUAUUACAACCUUGUUUUAGAGUCUUGUGCUUUACUGCCAGAUUUGGAACAGUUACCGGAUGGAGACCAAACAGAGAUUGGAGAAAGGGGUGUCAAUAUAAGUGGAGGGCAGAAGCAGAGAGUGAGCCUUGCUAGAGCUGCGUACAGCAAUGCUGACUUGUAUCUCCUGGAUGACCCCCUGUCUGCUGUAGAUGUACACGUUGGAAAACAUCUUUUUGAGAAGCUAAUUGGCCCUUCAGGUCUCCUAAAAAGCAAGACUCGUAUAUUGGUGACCCAUAACCUCACACUCCUGCCUCACACUGAUCUUAUAAUAGUAAUGGAGGAGGGCAGAAUAAGUCAAAUGGGGACCUACCAAGAACUCAUUUCAAAGAGAGCUAAUUUUGUUGAGCUUGUUCAAAACUUCGGUGCAGAGCGUACAAGCGAAGAGACAACCCCAAUGGAAGUGAGUUCUUCAAAGGAAGAGGGCCAGCUGGGAAGGAAACUACAACAAAAAGGGCUGCUGAAACAUAAGGACUCUUCCUUUGGUCAGCGGAAAGCACACACUAACAAUAAAGAGGAAGUUGCUGCUGGCGGCAUGAAAAUGUCAGUUGUCUUGAAAUACCUCCAAGCCUUCAGCUGGCGAUGGAUGUGGUUGACCAUAGCUGCUUAUAUAGGCCAGAAUGCACUAGGCAUUGGACAAAAUCUGUGGCUUAGCACCUGGAUUGCAGAAACAGCACAAGUUAGUGAUUUCACAGAAUGGAAACAGUCACGAAACUAUAAGCUUUCUAUCUACGGGCUUCUGGGAUUCAUUCAAGGCCUGCUCGUUUGCUGUGGUGCUUAUGUGGUCACCAGGGGAUCCCUGUCUGCUUCCCGGGUGUUGCAUGGUCAGCUGUUGGACAACGUGCUGCACCUUCCUCUGCAGCAUUUUGUAACUAAUCCAGUUGGUCGGAUCAUCAGCAGGUUCACAAAGGACUUAUCUGUCGUGGAUGUCCGUUUCCAUUUCUACUUGGGAACUUGGCUGAAUUUUACCCUGGAUGUUAUUGGAACCAUUCUAGUUAUCACAUCUGCCUCACCACUAUUCAUAGUGGUAAUUAUUCCCCUGGGACACUUUUAUUUAAUUAUCCAACGAUACUACAUUGCGAGCUCACGACAAAUUCGACGUCUGGUGGGAGCAUCGCAGCCUCCAGUGAUCUCCCACUUCAGUGAGACUCUUGUGGGGCGAUCAACAAUUCGAGCAUUUGGCUACCAAGAGAGAUUCAUUAGAAAAAACUAUGAUGUUGUGUAUGAGAACGUAGUUUGCGUCUACAACAACCUCAUCUCAAACAGCUGGCUAACUGUCAGGCUUGAGUUUUUGGGAAAUUUGAUGGUGUUCUUUGCUGCACUGUUUGUAGCACUGUCUGGAAAUACAGUGAGUUCUUCUACAGUGGGUUUAUUGAUAUCCUAUGGUCUAAAUGUAAUUCAGAUUCUAAAUCUUUGGGUGCGUAGAGCGUGUGAAAUCGAGACCAAUGCAGUUUCAAUUGAAAGAGUUUGUGAAUAUGCAACAAUGGAUAAAGAGGAGCCAUGGAUAAAGUCUAAAAGACCACCAAUGGGGUGGCCUGAUAGAGGAAAAAUAGAGUUUGUUAACUACAAGGCUCAUUACAGGAAGGAUCUUGGUUUAGUCCUGAAUGAUGUCUCUUUUCAGACACAGAGUAAAGAAAAGGUUGGAAUUGUUGGAAGAACAGGAUCUGGUAAAUCAACACUCACAAAUUGCUUGUUUAGAGUUCUGGAGGGAUGUGAAGGCAAAAUAAUUAUCGAUGGAAUUGACAUAUCAACUAUUGGUCUCCAUGACCUGCGUGGAAAUCUUAACAUUAUUCCACAGGACCCCAUCUUGUUUUCUGGGACACUGCAGUCAAAUCUGGAUCCACUUGGAAAACACUCUGAUCUUGAACUGUGGGAGGUGCUGGAACUGUGUGACUUAAAGGAUUUUGUCUGGUCACUGCCAAAGAAGCUCCUUCAUGAGAUUUCAGAAGGUGGUGACAAUCUCAGUGUUGGGCAGAGACAGCUGCUCUGUCUGGCCCGUGCUUUGCUGCGAAAGACAAAGAUCCUGGUCCUGGAUGAGGCAACAGCUUCUGUUGACAUGGAAACGGACAACUUUGUGCAGUCCACCAUCAAAAGAGAGUUUCACAACUGCACAGUAUUAACUAUAGCCCACAGGUUACAUACAGUCAUGGAUUCAGAGAGAGUGCUUGUUCUGGAUGCAGGAAGGAUUCUAGAGUAUGAUACACCACAGAAUUUGUUGCAACAAAAAGGUGCCUUUUCUGAAAUGGUUGCAGAGGCUGGGAUAAGAAGAUAAAGAAAACUAAUGAAUGAAUUCUUACGGAACACUCAAGGGAUCUCUGGCAUUCCCCAUAUAUAAAUGCAAUAUUUUAUAUUCCUUAUAAAAUACCUUACUUAAGAGCUUAAUCAAGAGCUUCUGGCAGCAUUGCUGUUUACUACAGCUACAACCUGUUUAUAUUGAUCAGAUUUCCUAAAAUAACUUUCAGAUUUUAUACAAAUCACUUCUUUUGAUCACGUUGGCACUGGAACAACAUAAUGAAGCAGUAAUUUUCAUGGCAUAUGUUAACUGUUGCACUGGUAAAGACUGAUUGAAAAAUAAA